UUGAUAGUUGAGAUAAGUUUGCUUGAUUAAGUUGUAUCUAUUUCUAGUAGAACUUGUUUGUUCCCAUUUUAAAUUUCAGGCUUAUGAAUCUUAUUGGAUUUUUAUUUCUUGCAUUUUAGUGCAAUCAUAUUUCUUCAUAAACUUAGGAACUUAUACCACCUGGUUUGUUUCUUCACUAAUAUUGAUUGUCUAGAAGGUAAACUGUUAAUUUUGAUGCUUCUUCCGAGUUUGUGUAGUUUCUCACCUGCUUUAUCAACUCUCUAAAAGAGAAAAAGUGUCAUAUGGUGUUAUUAUUUUACUGCAGAUGUUACCUGUCGCAGUUACAUGUGGUAAUACCUUUAUUUUAAAGCCAUCAGAAAAAGAUCCUGGGGCAUCCAUGAUGCUGGCUGAGUUGGCAAUGGAAGCUGGUCUUCCCCAUGGUGUCUUAAAUAUAGUCCAUGGCACCAAUGACAUUGUUAAUGCUAUUUGUGACGAUGAAAAUAUCAGAGCCAUAUCAUUUGUUGGUUCCAAUACUGCUGGCAUGCACAUAUAUGGAAGAGCUUCUGCUAAAGGAAAACGUGUACAGUCUAACAUGGGGGCUAAAAAUCAUGGCAUUGUCAUGCCUGAUUCAAACAAGGAAGCUACGCUAAAUGCUCUACUUGCUGCUGGUUUUGGUGCUGCCGGGCAGAGGUGCAUGGCACUUAGCACAGUAGUCUUUGUUGGUGACUCAGAAUCCUGGGUGAAUGACCUGGUAGAACGUGCCAAAGGUCUUAAAGUUAAUGCUGGAAUUGAACCUGAUGCGGACCUUGGUCCAGUUAUUAGCAAAGAGGCUAAAGAACGAAUAUGCAGAUUAGUUCAAUCAGAAGUCGAUAGUGGAGCCAAACUACUGCUUGAUGGGAGAAAUAUUGUGGUUCCGGAAUAUGAGAAAGGCAAUUUUAUUGGUCCCACAAUUUUGUCUGAUGUCACAGCUGACAUGGAGUGUUAUAAGGAGGAAAUCUUUGGCCCAGUUCUUAUUUGCAUGAAGGCUGACAGCUUGGACGACGAGAUAAACAUUGUUAAUCGAAACAAAUAUGGUAAUGGUGCUUCUAUAUUCACUAAUUCCGGUGCUGUAGCAAGGAAAUUCCAGACAGAGAUCGAAGCUGGGCAGGUUGGCAUCAAUGUUCCCAUACCAGUUCCCUUGCCGUUUUUCUCGUUUACUGGCAGCAAGGCAUCUUUCGCGGGUGACCUUAACUUUUACGGGAAGCCUGGCGUUAACUUUUUCACCCAGAUUAAGACAGUGACUCAACAAUGGAAGGAUUUACCUAGCGGAGUUUCCCUAGCGAUGCCAACAUCGCAGAAGUUGUAAUCAUGAUGUCGGAUUGUUCUGUCAGGACUUCUCCUUCUUCCAUGUACCUAAUGUCCA